AUGGAGCGGGUCAAUGAGACUGUGGUGAGAGAGUUCAUCUUCCUCAGCUUCUCAUCCCUGGCCAGGCUGCAGCAGCUGCUUUUUGUUAUCUUUCUGCUCCUCUACCUGUUCACUCUGGGCAUCAAUGCAAUCAUCAUUUCCACCAUCGUGCUGGACAGAACCCUUCAUAUCCCCAUGUACUUCUUCCUUGCCAUCCUCUCCUGCUCUGAGAUUUGCUACACCUUCGUCAUUGUACCCAAGAUGCUGGCUGACCUGCUGGCCCAGAGGAAGACCAUUUCUUUCCUGGGCUGUGCCAUCCAAAUGUUUUCUUUCCUCUUCCUUGGCUGCUCUCACUCCUUCCUGCUGGCAGUCAUGAGUUAUGAUCGUUAUGUGGCCAUCUGUAACCCACUGCGCUACUCAGUGCUCAUGGGACAUGGGAUGUGUAUGGGACUAGUGGCUGCUGCCUGUGCCUGUGGCUUCACUGUUGCACAGAUCAUCACAUCCUUGGUAUUUCACCUGCCCUUUUAUUCCUCCAAUCAACUACAUCACUUCUUCUGUGACAUCUCUCCUGUCCUCAAGCUGGAAUCUCACCAUAACCACUUUAGUCAGAUUGUCAUCUUCAUGCUGUGUACGUUGGUCCUGGCUAUCCCCUUAUUAUUGAUCUUGGUGUCCUAUGUUCACAUCAUCUCUGCCAUACUUCAGUUUCCUUCCACAUUGGGUAGGUACAAAGCUUAUUCCACCUGUGUAUCUCACCUCAUUAUUGUCACUGUCCACUAUGGCUGUGCCUCCUUUAUCUACUUAAGGCCUCAGUCCAACUACUCCUCAAGCCAGGAUGCUCUAAUAUCAGUAUCCUACACUAUUAUAACUCCAUUGUUCAACCCAAUGAUUUAUAGCUUGAGAAAUAAAGAGUUCAAAUCAGCUCUUUGUAGAAUUGUGAGAAGAACAAUUUCCCUGUCAUAA